AUUCAACAAUACAAACUUUAUCAAAGAUCAAAAAGAUAUGUUGACUUUUAUUAAUUAUAAAAAAGAUCACAAUCCUAUUGGAUCUCAUGAAGUUCAAACUCCAUCCUCUCAUAAACCAAACUGCAGGGACUUAGAAUCCAAAAUAUACCCUUGGUUGACCCAAAAAUAUCCUAAAUUUGAAUACCAUGAUGGUUCUGUUUACUCUUUCCCACACUUAAAAAAAGGGUUUUUCAAUAAAAAUAUGUUUGUUGAAGCAAUAUCCCCGGCUUCGGAAUAUUUCAAUUCCAAAAACGGCUGCUUUCUAACAUCUUUCAAGAAAAACUUGAAUGGAAGAGGUAUUGUUCUUUCCAUUGCUGAUAUGCAUCUUGAAUUGACUAUCAAAUUAAUUCAGCUUCUUCGUGCACUUGAAAACACUUUACCAAUUCAAAUUGUGUACUAUGAAAACUUGUCUGAUGAAUCCAAAAGGCAAGUCAUUCAGGCCGCAAGGUCAGAUUAUAAUAAGCUUCCUAAACAAGAUAUUUGGUUUGUUGAUGUUAGAAGGUCGGUCAAGGGAGAGUAUAUCAACAAAUUUUCAGGUUUCGGUAAUAAAAUAUUGGCAACUUUAUUUAAUUCUUUUGAAGAAAUGAUCUUGAUUGAUGCAGAUACUGUCAUGUUGAAAAAACCUGAUUUUUUCUUCAAUUUAGAAAAAUUUAUUAAUACCGGGACCGUUUUCUAUAAAGACCGUUCCACCUUUGAGUUCAGACCUAAACAUGACUUGGUUUUUUUCAAAAAAUUAUUUCCUUCUUUGAAAGAUACUAUAGUAUUCAAUAUCCCUCAAGUUACCUCUUAUACCUUGGAAAAUGAAUUUUUCAAAGGUCUCAAUCAUUAUAUGGAAAGUGGACUUGUUGUCAUCAAUAGAAGGAAACAUUUUACGCAGCCACUUGUUAUGGCACAAAUGAAUUUCUGUUUACCUAUUCAAAGUAGAGUUUAUGGUGAUAAAGAACUUUUUUGGCUUGCAAUGGUUAUUUCGGGAGAUGAAAAUUAUUCUUUCAACAAACAUUUUGCAGCCGCAAUUGGUGAGUUGACUCCUGAACUGGAAAGAAUUGCCGAUGUCAAGAGAGCUCAAGCUUUCAAAUCUCAGGAAAUUUGUAGUAACCACCCUGGUCAUAUCAAUGACGCUGAUAACAAAACCAUCCUUUGGUUCAACUCUGGAUUUCAACAUUGUGGUCAAAAUAAAAACGUUAAUUUUGAAAAUGAAUUUUCUUCAAAAAAACGUUAUACCAAGGCUAAAACACUUGAACAGUUCAAAAGUAUUUUUGAAAAUAAGUUAAUCUUGACCCAUGCUAUCAUUCCACCUUUUGACAUGGAUCAUCUUACUGCUAGAAAUAAUGAACACGAACCUGAAAGAUCAUGGCUCAACAUGAGAGAAUACUGUUAUGGAUAUACCUGGUGUGCUUAUUCGCUGAUGGGUGGAAACUGGGUAGAUGACUCCGGCAAAAAUAAAGAUACUCAAAUCAAAGGUUUAACCAUCAAAUUCUCUGAAAAAGAAGUCAAUGAAUUCAAAAGACUAGGCGAUGCUUGGUCAGCAUACCACAAUAGCAAAACCCUAGUAAACGAUUACAAUAAACAGGAAUUUAGUGAUUCUGUUAAUCAUGAUCACGGUGGAGUCGCCAUUAAUUAAUGAAUUACCCAAACUAAUGCCUCUGUAUAUUAUUAUUGCAUAUUUCUUCUAUUUCUUCACUUUCUCCUAUUUAUUUUACUUAUUUACUUAUUUUCCUUUCAAGCAUUUUACUUUAAUCUUUAAUAUACCGGCG